AGCGCCCGGCGUCCUCCCGGCUCUGGAACUCCGCCGGCGGCGGGGCCCCGCGGCGACCCGCAGCGUGCGGCGCUCAGGCAGACCUGACCUCCGCCUCGCCCAGGGGAUGCCGCGCCGGCCGCCGAGGGUCCACUCGGGGAACAAGCCUCCUCCGGUGGCCGCCAUGGAGCCGGCUGCCGGCGGGCCCUGGGCCCACAGCCGCGCGGCGCUCGCCCGCCUGGAGAGGCUGCUGCGCUGCUCCCGCUGUGAUGAUAUUCUGAAGGAGCCCGUGUGCCUAGGAGGAUGCGAGCACAUCUUCUGUAGUGUCUGUAUAAGUGACUGUGUUGGAUCAGGAUGUCCGGUGUGUUACACCCCAGCCUGGAUUCUAGACCUCAAGAUAAACAGACAAUUGGACAGCAUGAUCCAUCUUUAUAGUAAGCUUCAACAUUUGCUACAUGACAAUAAACUUUCAGAUCCAGAAGAUGACACAUCUAGGGCAAGUUUAUCUGUUGAUGCAGAAAGGAAGAAGAAUUCAAUAAAAAUGUGGUUUAGUCCUCGAAGUAAGAGGGUUAGAUAUGUUGUCAAUAAAACGUCAGUACAAACCCAGCCUCGAAAGGCAAAGAAUGACAAAACCCAGGAAGCCUCAAUGUAUGAAUUUGUUUCCACAAGUCCUGUUGAAGUUGUUUCUAAGAAGGCCAAAACAGCUUCUAAAACAUCUGCAAAAAAGCAGCAGAAGAAAUCUUUAGCUGGGAUCAACCAGGAGGGGAACUUAAGGACAGAAAAAAAAGAUGAUAGGUUUGAUUCUAAAGAGGAAGUGAAGGAACAGAGGGUUCCCUCCUAUAGCCAAACACCAGUUGUGGAGAGGCCACAGGGAAAUAGUGAAAUAGACUUACUAGCAAGUGGCUCUGUUGUAGAUUCUGAAUGUUCUGGAAGCUUGACUAAAGUUUCUUUACCAUUGGCUGAGCAUAUAGUGUCUCCAGACACAGAGAGCAAGACUGAAGAGACUCCUGAGAAGAAGGUCUGUGUAAAAGAUCUCCGUUCAGGAGGGCCUGAUAGAAACCGUAAUGGCUGCAGCAGACCCCCCAGUUCUACUUCUAAGAAUUGUGGGAGCAAUGUUCCGAGCACCAGCAGACGUGUUAGAGAUGUUGUUAAACCAACAGUGCUCGCCGAAAACGUACUGUUGGUGGACUGUUCUUCAUUGCCUUCAGGCCGAAUUCAAGUUGAUGUCACAUUUAGAAAAAACAGUAGUGUAUCCGAUGACUCUCUUAGCCUUUCACCAGGCACACCCCCACCUCUGCUGAAUAAUUCAACUCACAGACAAAUGAUGUCAAGCUCUUCCACAGGGAAGCUGUCACCCAGUGUUACAGCUGGGAAAAGAAAUCACAGAGGAGAGACAUUGCUGCACAUUGCCUCUAUUAAGGGCGAUAUACCUUCUGUUGAAUACCUCUUGCAAAAUGGAAGUGACCCAAAUGUUAAAGACCAUGCUGGAUGGACACCGUUGCAUGAAGCCUGCAGUCACGGGCACCUGAAGAUAGUGGAAUUGCUGCUCCAGCAUCAUGCUUUGGUGAACACCACCGGCUAUCAGAAUGACUCACCACUCCACGAUGCGGCCAAGAAUGGCCACCUGGAUAUAGUCAAGGUGCUACUGGCUCACGGCGCCUCCAGGGAUGCUGUUAACAUAUUUGGUGUACGGCCUGUGGAUUAUACGGACAAUGAAACUAUAAGAUCACUGCUGCUGCUACCAGAGAAGAAUGAAUCAUUCUCAACUAGCCAGUGCUCAGUUGUGAAUGCUGGGCAGCGAAAGAAUGGGCCACUGGUAUUUAUAGGCAGUGGGCUUUCUUCACAACAGCAGGAGAUGCUCAGCAAACUUGAGAAAGUUCUUAAGGCUAAAAAGUGUGCUGAGUUUGACAGUACAGUAACUCAUGUCAUUGUUCCUGAGGAGGAAGCUCAGAGUACUUUGAAGUGUAUGCUUGGGAUUCUCAAUGGAUGCUGGAUCCUGAAGUUUGAUUGGGUGAAAGCCUGUCUGCAGAGCAAAGUGCGUGAACCGGAAGAAAAGCACGAAGUUUCUGGAGGUCCACAGAGGAGCAGGCUCAACAGAGAGCAGCUGUUGCCGAAGCUGUUUGAUGGAUGCUACUUCUUUCUGGCGGGAAACUUCAAACAUCAUCCAAAGGACACCCUCCUUAAGCUCAUUGCUGCGGCAGGAGGCAAGGUCCUUAGUAGAAAGCCCAAGCCAGACAGUGAUGUGACCCAGACCAUCAACACAGUUGCAUACCAUGCCAGACCUGAUUCUGACCAGCGCUUCUGUACACAGUACAUCGUCUACGAGGAUCUGUUUAAUUGUCGUCCAGAAAGGGUUCGCCAGGGUAAAGUCUGGAUGGCUCCUUCCACCUGGCUUAUUAGCUGUGUAAUGGCCUUUGAGUUGCUUCCCCUUGACAGCUGAGUGACAUACCAGGUGAACAUUUUAAGUUGAACACGCAUGCUUUGUGAGAACACAGCCACUGUGAUAUGUUUGAUCAUUUGCUUUUUAUGGAUAGGCAGAACUGUUCAUAUUUCCCCCUUUGAAUUACAAAAUAAAACAGUUGAUGCUAGCUUAGGAAUUCAUUUAGAUGCCUAAACUGCUUUUAAUACUUUUUUCUUUCUUACUCUCUUGAGGGUGGAGCUAUAACUCAGUUGUUGAGUCUUUACGAACCAUGCAUGAGGCACAGGGUUCCACAUUGGGAACUGCAAAGAAGUUUUCAUUUUACAAGUGGCCUGUGGGGUUUUGAGUAAUCAUGUCUUUCAGUUUUAUCAGCAUCUAUCAAAGAUUAGUAAGUGAGAUGGCAUGAGAACUACUUGUUAAGUCUACAUGUGGUCUGUCUUUAAUUUAGCAUCCUUUAGUAAACAAUAUCAUCUGAUGAUUUAUUCUGCCUCUGCUGUAAUGAUAGUAUAGCAUUUAUAUAAAGGCACCACUGUAGGUGAAAAGUUCUAUCUGGAGUUAUCUUUUUCUUACAUUGUGUUUUAGUUUCUUGUGUUUCCUUGGCUUUCCUUUGUGUUUAUUCAUUUGUAACAAAAUCUUGUGUAAAUCAGGAAAUCUUGAUUUGAACCACUGGAUGUUAGUGGCAAAAUCAGCAGUAUGCUUUUAUUGUGCUCAUUUGCUGUCUGUCUACUGUGCAUUUGUGCAUACCUCUAUUUUCUGUAACUUAUUUUAGUGUCAUUGUUUCUUAGGUCUUGCCAGUUUAGAAAGCUGCCAAAAUGUCAGCUCAUUAGACUAGAAGCAAUCUGUUUGUGGUAAAUCUCCCUGGGCAUUACUAAAAUAAGUCUCUGUGAAAAUGUAAUCCCUUCCCCAUUCUUUUUUUUCCUCUUUUCCUGUCUUUCUCCUUUCAUCCCUUUUAUUUGUUAUACUGGGUAUGGAAGGAUAUUGCAUAUUCUAGACAACGACCUACUACAGAACUAUAUCCCUAGGCCAGUUUGACACCUCUCUCUCAUUCUCUCUGGUGGGUGAGGGGUGGAGGUGGGUACGUUGCACAUGGCCUUUAUUCAGUUUGAGACAGUCUUGCUAAAUUAGCCAGGUUGGCCUUGACCUCACCCAGUUUUAAUUUCUUUAUAAAGUUUUUAGGUGGGUGGAUAGGCGAAAGUUUGAGAUUGCUUGAUUUCUAACAUUUUUCACCAUAUCCUACACAGAGGCUGUAGCAGGAAACACGGAGAUAAGAGUGCGAAGAGCUUCUUUCUGAUAUGGAAGGAGCCAAAGCAGAGAAGUAGGGCAGGCACUACCCGAGCAUGCGCACUGGUAGCUUACCCUGUCUGCUGGGCAGGUUCUCAUCGUGAACGGACAGCCUGUGUACUUUUAAAUGGUCUUAAAGAAGAGGAUUCUUUGAGGAAUCUUCCGAGAAGCUAAAGUGUUUGCAGCACUGCAGUUUGCAGCAGGAGGUCCCGAGAGCACCGCCAGCUCUGUUGUUAGAUGCAGAGCUGGGCAGAGUGACCACCAGCCGGUAGAACUGUCCCAGCUCGGAACACCAGGAGGCUGCAGUCCUUUCAAGACCCGCUUACUAGGGAAGAUUGACAUUCUGCCGAUCAUUUGAAAAUAGACCUUGCGUCCAUUCUCCCUUUACAUACUAUUUUUCCAUGUCAACAGGUAUAUUAUAUGAGCAGAAUGCUUCCCUCGUCCUGGCUUCCCAGGGUCAACAGUUCUGAAAGUCUAAGCUCUUACUCAUGUUUGACUCACAGUUCAGGGUAACGUCUAGAUUAAGCCAUUUACAAUCUGGGCGUUUGGGUUGUAGGGCUUUGUUUGCUUUUAAUUCCCACCCUGAGUUACUUUCUGUUGCCUCUGUUGUCUCAUUCCUGAUCAAAUUUGUAUCUCUUCUUUGCUGCUAAUUCCCGUUUCUAAAAAUGCCUUCGGGGUUCCUGUUCAUGUUUUAUUUUCUUAUCUCACCCUCUUUCUCACCCCCCCUCCUACUAGUAUUACUAUUUUUGAAUGCUCUCAAUGCUGAUUUUUUUAAAAAAAAUUGUUUGAAACAGAAAUACGUUCUCAGAAAUAUGCACAAAAACACAGGUUGAGCUACACCAAAACUUCCCUCCCUUCCCCUUCCUCCUCUUCUCUUCUCUGAAUGGCAGGGAGAACGUGGUGACAGUGGCCAACUCUAAAGACGAAGGUUUGGUCCAGAGAACUUAAUGUCAUCUAUCCAGUUACAUGAACAGCAUCACUGAGUAGGAUUAAGAUGUGGAGAUGUCACGUUACCAUAGGCGGCUCUUCAGUGCCGGGGGUGAGGGUGUGGCUGCUUCAGGGAGGUAAGGACCGAGCCCAAGUGGGAGACAUCUUUGGCCUGUCUGUCACACGGCUGAGCCACCGACUCCCACUCAGAGCCUAGGGAUAACUCCUUAGUGUCCUUACAAAGGCUCCUGUUGCCUCUUCUUUCCUGUAGCUACUCACCUGUCCCACAUACCGCGUUUCUAGUUCCUCCAUUGCUCUCUUUCCACUCUGCUUCUUGCUUCCAAGAAUUGGUGUCAAGGGCUUCCAAACUCUUCUCUCCCUUUGUGGAUGCUCUCGCUGUGGUUGCUGUAGAUUCACCUCUCAAACAGCUGCAUAACUGGCACCAUUGCCCUCGCGGUAGUGUUUGCCACCCGUCACUCCGUCAGCAGUGUCAGGGCUUGGUUUAUGUUCAGCUUUAACACUUACAGUUGUGCUUCCUUCUGUAGAAAUGCUUGUAAUUAUAAUUUGCCCUAAAUGGAUUUAAACUUAUAAAUCAUUAAAAUUACUUGUGCUUGUA